CGCCGCCGCCACCAUCACCAUCAUCAGUAACGCCUCAAGUAUACAUCGGUGUUGUUCUGUUUUGGCGCGUGUGAGCUUGUUGUUUACUGUAGUAUGCUGUGUGCCACAAUUAUGACGCUCUGCAGUUGAAUACGUGUUCUGCAGGUCUCCGUUCCUGUGUAGAUGCCUCUUGAUUUUCCUCAUGAGGCUAGAAAAGGAAAACAAGAGCAAAAGUUCAUGGCGGGGCGGUUCAGGGAAAGGAGGAAAGAAGAAACAACUAUAAUCUUUCGGAAAACUGCAUUCGACUAGAGAGGCUUGAGUAGUUACCUAAGGACACGCCCCACAUCCUCUGAAACUAUAACGAGCAGGAAGAUUUCGAAAGAGGUUUAGGGACGUCACAUGGGUCACUAAAACAAGAUUCAGAAGUGGACUGGCUUAGUAGUGAUCGCGGGACGCCCUACAUACAUAAUAGAAGCAACGUCAGAAACGAACGGCGCCCCUUCUUUCCUACUUUUUUUUUUUUUUUUUUGGGGAUUGGAUAGCUUCAUGUGUUUGGAGCAUCCUUCCUGGGAUGUCCCUUCUCUGAAAGGGAGUAAGUUUGAUUUUGGGGAACCUUUACCAAGCAAGGCUGACGACCAAGGCUGUUAAGGUUCACCUCCCUGAGGAGGACUUGGAAAGUGAUAUUGAGGACAUCACUAGUGGCUCAGGGACGCCCUUAGAGCCCCCAAGACACAAGCACAAUGCCAGGUGUGAAGCGAGCCAGAGACAAUGAGCGGGAGGACCACGACACUGAGAAUGAGGAAGAGCAGGACUCGGACAGUGACCGGAGCUCCCUUGAUGAGUCCAUAUCCUCAGAUGGUACAGAAUCGGAUGACUCGUCAGAGUUGGAUGAAGAGGAGUGUGAUAGAAGGCGUGGCGAGUACCUGACUGACCUCACUGACUUGGAGCGACAGUUCUCACUCCUCCGUGAACAAUUGUACAGGGAGAGGGUGACGCAAGUAGAGGCCAAGCUUGAGGAGGUGAGGCUGGGGGAGGCAGCUGAAUACCUCAUCCCAGUAGAGGAGCUGCAGGACGGCCGUCGUGUGAGGCUGGAGGUGGCUCAUGUCCUUCGUCAGUUUCGGUUGCAGAAUAUCACCAACAAAUAUGAAGCUGAGAAGUCUGCAUCACAACAGAAUUUUGAGAAUGAGAAGGUGAUGCUAUGGGAUUCCAUAGAAAGUGAACUGGAAGAUAAAAUUCGGCGAUUGGAGGAGGACCGCAAUAAUGUUGAUGUGACGAGCCAAGUCUGGGCAGAGCAAAACCUACACAGGAAGCGGCGCAGACACAGACAGCAGGGGUCCAACAGUUCUACAGACCGGAAGAGGAAGAAACCAACAACGGUAGCUGGCCCGUACAUUGUGUAUAUGCUUCGUGAACCAGACAUAGUGGACGACUGGACCAUGAUCAAGAAGGCCCUCACUGCCUCUAAGCGCAAGACCAAAUUUGGGAAAAUCACAUCUCCACGUCACUAUGCUGAAGGUUUAUCUCUGUAAGAUUGGACAUCGCCUGUUCCAAAGUGUUCAUCUGAAUCAUGAACUUGUGAUGCUGUAGCCUGUACAGUACAGACUGCUUGUGAAACAUAGGUCCAAGAGGAAACCCUGUUGUGAUAAGUCCACCACAUGGCUGCUAAAGAGGAUAAUAUUUUUAUCAGUGCUGUUUUCUAUUUGAGAUUACCUGUAUGAAUGAUAACUUGUUAGGUGCUCUCUGAACAAGAGCCAACAUCAAACAUAAAGUUUUCUUCCAUUAAUUUCUGACACCCAUUCCCUCCAGACACUCCUUCCAAGGUAUAGUCUCAAGAAAAGGAUUUUCAAGCAGUAUCAUUGAGUUUGACACAACUUUUCAUCCUUUCAGUAGUGAUUUUAAUUCUUGCCUUAAAGAUGCCCUGCUUGUGAUGGCUGUUCUUUCUCUCCUUGCCUUUCCCAGCUGUCUCAUUAUGAUCCCUGUGAUUAAAAAAAGAUUAUUAGUACAGUUCAUAAAAUUUUCUCUCAAGAAACACACAUUGCUUGUUUGUUUAGUGUUUUUUAGUUUGAGUAAAUAAAAAUUUUCAUGAAUUUUUUUUUUUUUUACAUUUUAAAGCCAAACAUUGAGCCUUUCUUGGAUGCAUGUCAAGACUUUUUAAAAAGAUGCAAAUGCCAGUUCAGAGUGCUGGAGUAUGAUAUAAGGCAUGUUGACAUGUAAUAUGUACAGGAAGCUUUGUUGAUGAGCAGUGGAAGCAGUGCUGGGAGGUGAGAUGGGGUGUUCAGUCUCCAGCCCAGUGGUGGACUGGCUACCCAUUGCAUUAAUUUGUUAUAUGCUGAAAUUGUGUAUAGAUAUUUUUUUGAUGGUUUGGUAUUAAAACUUAAAUUUUU